CACCUGGACACCUUGAAGCCUUGCCAUAUAGAAGGCACACUGGUUAUCUGACAGAGAAGAGUGCAAUCAUAUAUAUGUCCCUGUGUAAGAACAUCAUUUCUUCUCUUUAAUUUCAGAGCUGCAGAAAGUCCUCUGUAAAGGAAAGAGCCACGCCACGGAGUGUGAGAGAGGAGAGAAAGAGCAUCUGAUAAAUGAUAGAUGAUCUCCCUCUUUUUCACCUCGAUCUGUCUUUUGAUGAUUCAAGAACCUCCUUGGGUUUGAUGCCUAAAGAGGAAAGUGAUGAAGUAGAUUUAUGUGCUUAAGAUUCUUUUAAGUCUUCUUUGCCUCUUUUUUUCUUCUUCUUCUUGGAAAUUUCAAGCUUUUGAAGCACCAUGAUGGGGUAUCCAAAUCUUGAUCACUACUACCAUGAAGAGCUUCAUAGUCUCCCUUCCUUAGCCACAGCUCCGGAUUUCUACGAUCUUGCGAGCAACAAGAUACUACUGAACUGGAGUGACGGCCUAUCAAAUGCCAAUGGCGGAGAGUUGUCAUCCAACCAAAGAGAUCGGAGCUUAAACCAUGAGGCAUCACUUAUAAGCUCGCAAGUUAUUCAAGAGCUAGGAUUUCAGUACUGGCUUGUCAACAAGGAACCAGUAGUUAUGAACCAGCUGCCCCAUGAAGAACAUUCACGCCAACUCAACCUAGAGAAGGUGAAAGAAGAGUUGGGCCUUCAGCCGUUGCCGGGAAACUUGUCAGAAGGCUUGAGCUUCGAUGUCUACAACUACAUGACGCCGGCAACUCCAGCACUGGGGUGGUCUUCCUUGGACAUGGUUCUUCCCGCGCUGGAACAGUUGGCUUCUGGUCUUGACCACCAUCCGCAGGAAUCAAUUCCGGGUUCCUUCCUCGUCCACCAAAAGAUGCACUCUUUGAUCAGUGGGAUAACAGAAGAAAACAGAGCAUGCAAUUCUACCUGGGAACGAAGACCAUCUCAAACACCACCACUCAGAAAGCCUCGGUUUGACCAGCGCUCUCCUUUCUCUCCUUUAAAGGUUCGAAAGGAGAAACUGGGAGACAGAAUAGCAGCAUUGCAGCAGCUGGUGGCACCGUUUGGCAAGACAGACACAGCUUCAGUGUUAAUGGAGGCGAUUGGAUACAUCAAGUUUCUUCUGGACCAAGUCGAGAAGUUAUGUGGAAGAUACAUGAAAUUAUCUGGCAAUAAAAGAUCAAGAACAGCAUUGCAAGAGGCGUCAAACUUGGAGAGUUUGGGGCCAAAGCAAGAUUUAAGGAGUAGAGGACUUUGUUUAGUACCAUUGUCGUGCACAUCAUACAUGACAAGCGAGCAAGGAGUUUGGCCUCCCUCAAACUAUGGAGGAACUGAUUGAAUUUUACUGCAUUAUUGUUUGUGAAGAGUUUUAGGUUUAUUUUAAGUGACUUGCUAGUGACUGAUUCCUCUGUGUUCUGUUUCCUGUACGUCUCCAUUAGUUUCUUCCUGCAUAUCAUCCAUUUUUCACUUGUAAUACAACCAGGCCAGGGCGUGCAACAAGUUAAUGGAGCAGACUUGUAUUGUCUUCCACUGAAUGCAAAACUGAAUGAUCUGUAUUAAUACGACAAUAUAAAUCAAUAAAA